UCAGAGGUAAAAGGUUACCCUACGACCUUGAACCCGUUUCACGUAUUCACAUUACGGAAACAUCUUGCAAGACAGUGCACGAAAAACCGGCGUCCAACAUGGGUAAAAUAAGCGGUGGUGCGGUCGUCGAAAUGAUGGGAGACGAAAUGACAAGGAUCAUUUGGGAUCUCAUCAAGGAGAAACUCAUUCUUCCAUUUGUUGACCUUGAAUUACAUACGUUCGACCUUGGAAUUGAGCAUCGAGAUAAAACUGAUGACCAAGUGACUGUUGAUUGUGCCAAUGCCAUCAAGAAGUACAAUGUGGGCAUUAAGUGUGCGACCAUCACCCCUGAUGAGAAGAGAGUGGAAGAAUUCAAACUGAAGAAGAUGUGGAGGUCACCCAACGGGACGAUCAGAAACAUUCUUGGUGGCACUGUGUUCAGAGAGGCGAUCAUCUGUAAGAAUAUUCCACGUCUUGUCCCUGGGUGGACAAAGAGCAUUGUCAUAGGACGUCAUGCCUAUGGAGAUCAGUACAAGGCAACUGACUUUGUUGUCCCUGGACCAGGGAAACUGGAGAUGAAGUUCACCCCAGACAAUGGUGGUGACGCUAUGGAGUACACCGUGUUUGAGUUCAAGGGCACAGGGGGUGUUGCAAUGGGCAUGUACAACACAGAUGCAAGUAUCCGAGACUUUGCCAAGAGUUCAUUGACUUUUGCCCUUCAGAAGGGCUGGCCCCUAUAUCUCAGCACCAAGAACACAAUCUUGAAAAAGUAUGAUGGCCGAUUCAAGGACAUAUUCCAGGAAAUUUAUGACAAGGAUUACAAGUCCCAGUAUGAGGCCAAGGGGAUCUGGUACGAGCACCGGCUGAUAGACGAUAUGGUGGCCUACGCCAUGAAGUCCGAAGGAGGCUUUGUGUGGGCCUGUAAGAAUUAUGAUGGGGAUGUCCAGUCCGAUUCUGUAGCUCAAGGGUUUGGCUCCCUGGGGAUGAUGACCAGUGUGCUGAUCUGCCCCGACGGCAAGACGGUGGAGGCAGAGGCUGCUCACGGCACCGUCACACGGCACUACCGCUUCCACCAGCAGGGCAAGGAGACAUCCACGAACUCUAUCGCCUCCAUCUUUGCCUGGACUCGAGGUCUAUCACACCGGGCCAAGUUAGACGGCAACAAGGCCCUUGAGAAGUUUGCCACCAACCUGGAGGAGGUCUGCAUCGAGACCAUCGAGGCCGGGCAGAUGACCAAGGACCUGGCCAUCUGCAUUAAGGGCAUGAGCGGGGUGAAACGUGAGGACUACUUGAAUACUUUUGAAUUCAUUGACAAGAUUGCCGAGAACCUGACGAAGAAGAUGAGCAGCUGACUAAAGCCCACCAUAGAGACGACCAGGAGUUCACUGUAACGCCAACAACGAGGCCCUGAAUGUCUACAUCCAAUUACUAGAAAAAAGGGAGAAAAAAAUAUAUACAUGUAUAUCAUUGUGGCCAUUUGUAUCUGUGAUUUGAGGGGUAUGAGGGAAGUAGGCAAAUUGUUGUAUGGGAGUAGUCUUUCUUUUCUUGAGUUCAUUUCACCAUAGGAUUAGUGUCCCUUUAGUUUAAGCUUAUCUCACUGUGGGAGUUGUCUCCCUUUGAAUAGAGUUGGCUCCAUAUUGACACUUGAGUUAAAAACAGCAUGGGAUUUCAGUAGCAGGUUUUCGUGUGUAUCAGAACAUUCCAUAUUUACAUUGGGGCUAUUAGAGAAAUAUAAAGGAUGUUAGGUUCUCUCUACAAAUGAUGAUACUUUGAAUGCGUCUUUCUCAAUGCAAUUGCUCACACGUUGAAAAUGCAACUUUAGGAAAUCACCCAAAAAGUAACAUACCAUAUUUGACAUAUUAAGAGAACAGGGUGUAUUAAAAGUAACUAAUGUUGGGAGCUAGAGGCCGUCCUCGAUUAUCCAUUGAAUUAUAUUAUUCAAUAGUGGUGUACAAAAUGUCAGGCUUGUCGUAGGAGGCGACUAACGGGAUCCGGUGGUCAGGCUCGCUGACUUGGUUGAUGCAUGUCUUCAUAUUCCAAUUGCGUGGAUCAAUGCUCAUGAUGUCAAUCACUGGAUUGUCUGGUUCAGACUCGAUUAUUUACAGACUGCCGUCAUAUAUCUGGAAUAUUGCUGACAAACAAACAAACAAAAUGACAGUUAUUUCAUGAUUAAACAAAGAGUACUCGUCUGACCUUGUUACCUACUGCCUCAAAUACAACCGAGUAGCGAAAGGACACCUUGUCUUAAUACUCAGGACAAGAUUUGUUUGGUCAACUGUGUUCUUAACAUAUUGAGUGCUUGUAUUGAACGUAAAUGUACACCAAACUCACGUUACACUGAUAUAAUCCACUGGAUGAUUAAAUACUGGCUGUGUUACUUCUGAAUAUUUCAAAACAAUGAUUGAAAAAGUAAGGAAAUUAUUUUUCAAAAGGUGGGGAUUGUUUAUUAGAGCGGGGCACUUAAUAAGUCAAAUAUGGUAUCAUAGAAAUCUUCGUAGGUGUUUUUAACACUUAUAUAACAUCUUCAUUCCUUCAAACCACAAUUUGUGCCUAGAUAUCUUUUCUUUCUUUUCUCCACAAACCACAUCAGUGACCAUGAUUCCUUAAAGUGAAGCACAACUGGAUAUUGUACGUGAAAGCUUAGCAUUUGUCACCCAAAGUAUUUACCGAGUUUAAGCACAUUUGAAAUAAAAGCAGUUAUUUCAAUUUGAUAAUAAUUUCAUUUCUUCAAUCUAUUGUGAUUGUGAACUAACAUCAGAUAACCAGUAUGGACUUACCCAUGUAAUCAGCUGUUUCAGUAUUAUAUGAAUUGUUAUAAUAAUUACUCUAUGUAUUCAAGUGUUAUUGACAAACUGUGAUGAAGAGAAUCAUUCUAUGAUGCUAAAGUGGUCUACAUUUUGUUCCAUCACAAUUAAAUUCUUUUUUACUCUUCCUAGUCAUUUUGUCUACCCUUUCAAAAUGAAUCUUAUACCUACAUUGCUAUUUGUGUAUUCUCUAAACUAUUUUCUUUAUACUUUAUUUGUUUUCCAAAUUACUUUUGAAUAUGUAUUUGCAUGUGAAGUAUGUGAUGAUAUAUUUGUGAGAAAUCUGCUCCUGGUUUGUAUACUAUACCCAUCUUUUGAUGGGAAUGUUGAGAUAGUUCACACCAUUUACUUGUAUAGGUCAUCAGUUUUUCAUGAUCCAAUGUUGAAUCCUACUUAUUUGAAAUGUGGGAUUGUCAAGAGUGGUAUUUCUACUGUAAACCUGGGGCUACUGUAAACCUGCCGCUAUUGUAAACCUGGGGCUACUGUAAACCUGGGGCUACUGUGAGCCUGCCGCUAUUGUAAACCUGGGGCUACUGUAAACCUGGGGAAACUCUGAACCCGGGGCUACUGUAAACCUGGGGCUACUGUGAGCCUGCCGCUAUUGUAAACCUGGGGCUACUGUAAACCUGGGGAAACUCUGAACCCGGGGCUACUGUAAACCUGGGGCUACUGUGAGCCUGUCGCUAUUGUAAACCUGGGGCUACUGUAAACCUGGGGAAACUCUGAACCCGGGGCUACUGUGAGCCUGGGGCUACUGUCAACCCGGGGCUACUGUGAGCCUGGGGCUACUGUCAACCCGGGGAUACUGUAAACCUGGGGAAACUGUAAACCCGGGGAAACUGUAAACCCGGGGAAACUGUAAACCCGGGGCUACUGUGAACCUGGGGAUACUGUAAACCUGCCGCUAUUGUAAACCUGGGGAUACUGUAAACCUGGGGCUACUGUGAGCCUGGGGAUACUGUAGCAAGGGUUCAAGGCUGGCAUCACUUCAGGCUUCUUCAUGACAUGCUGUAAGGUAACUGAAAUACUGUUGAAAGGAACUGACCGAAGCACACAAGUAAUGAUUUCUAUCUGUGUCUGUGAUCAGAAUUCCACUGACAUGUACAGGUGGUUCAUCCUGAUUGUCUGUGUCCCACAUGCCAAAUGCUGACUCCAGAGCAUCCAUAUAUUGCACUAGUUGCAGGACCCUGGCGAAAAUGUGAUAUUUGUCUUAAAACAUAUGAAAAGAAGAAUUGGAAUGAAACUGUUAUGUCUUGCUUUAUGUGAAGGAACAGUGCCAUCUCCCUAGGAAACAAUCCACUCAAUCCACGCUUAUUUAAAUAAUAUGACAGUAUUUCCGACUUUGUAUUUUCAAUGUAUUGUUUUUUGUGUUUACAAAUGUCUAAGCAGUACUUAUCCAUAAUAAGAUUAACAACAUAUAAUAUAGAAACACAUCACCAUGUUUCCUCAAUGGCUCUGUAACUAUUUAUCAAGGAAUUUGAGGCUCGGCUGUUAUUCCAAACCUUGCCCCUUGAUCUUUAUAGAGACGUGCUGGACCAUAUUAACGCUGAGUGAAACAUUGCAUCUAUGUAACCACAAACUUAUAGUUAUUGAGAGUAUAUAUUUGUUUUUUCUAAUCUACAGUUAGUUUUAUGUAAAAUGCCCAGAACUUUCAUUAACUCACUAGUCUUUAACAUGACGCCCAUUGUACAACAGAUUCCUUCUUGUAUACAGUAUCAUUAAAAUCACUUUGAUAAUGA